AUGUGCUCUUCCUCUUUUUUUUUUCUUUUUUUUCUUCUCUUUUUCUUUUCUCUCUCUCUCUCUCUCUCUCUCUCCCCACCCCCUCCAGGAGCGGUGCUUGAGCCUUUUUCCUUCUUCUUCUUCUUCUUCUUCUUCUCCUUCUCCUUUGCGCUCCGCAGCUGGGUUGCCCAUUUCCCAAACUCUCUCGCCGAUUGGCAAGGGGAAUCAGCCGCGCAGAGCAAGGCAGUUGCCAGCAGUCGCCAACCCAACCCAGUCGCUAUUGGCCACCCCUUCCCCUCUCUCCUCCUCGCUUCACUCUGUCACCCACUCCACCCACCCCACCCCACCCACUUGAAUUCAACUAAACCGAACCGAAACCUGUCCUCGGCGUCCCCCAAGCCCAAUCCAUCCGUCGGACUCCCAUGGCAGAGAGACCGCGGCCUACAUUCCGCGCUGCCACCUCCCCACCAGCUUCCCACAGACGGAAAUUUCAUAUUCCGUUGCGGGCCUGAUGGAUUGUGGCCAGCCGCCAUGGGCAGAAAAGGCCCAGUGACGAUGACGAAGACGACGAAAGACGACAAGGACGACGACAGAUGCGAGUGGGUAAAUGCAUUUCCUGCAGGGUCGCUCUGCCAGCCCGCCCGCCAGCCCGCCCGCGGUCGACUGUUGAGAUGCUGCAGGCAGCCUGAUGGCCCUGUGAGCCGCAUGUCUGUUGUGUGA